CUUGUGGCGGUCUGGUCACGCCCAUCUUACGUUUGACGUAUUUGACAGGUGACGCAGUGCGUCCCGCACGUAAUGCCAGAGAACUGCACUGACCCGAGGACACAGGAGGGCACCACACCAAACACUGCAUUCUGAGAGGGGUCAGUGCGUCAGAUAAAGAUGGCCGACACGAAACGUCUCGCCUUCUCUAUAAUUCAGUUUCUACACAGCCAGCUGCGCUCCAGCGAGCUGUCUGCCGAUGCACAGGAGAGCUUAGAAGUUGCCGUUCAGUGUCUAGAGACGGCGUUCGGCGUGUCCACUGAAGACCAGAGCCUGGCCGUGUCCAAGAGUUUGCCGGAGAUAUUUGCGUCUGCCACAAGCGAGGUGCCAGAUGCAGAGCCCCCCCAGGUGGAAGAGAACCCGCUCCUACAUGAGCCCACCGUGGAAGAGCUCGCACGGGCUGAGAGACUCAAAUCAGAUGGCAAUGAGCAGAUGAAGCUGGAGAACUUUGGCGCCGCGGCGGAAUUCUACACCAGAGCCAUAAAGCUGAACCCCGAGAACGCCGUUUACUUCUGCAACCGGGCCGCGGCUUACAGCAAGAUGGGCAACUACGCGGGCGCGGUGUCGGACUGCGAGCGCGCCAUCGUGAUCGACCGCAGCUACAGCAAGGCCUACGGCCGCAUGGGGCUCGCCCUAGCCAGUUUAAACAAACACACGGAGGCCGUGGGAUACUACAGAAGAGCCCUGGAGCUGGACCCAGAGAACGAGACCUACAAAUCCAACCUGAAAAUCGCAGAGCAGAAGAUGAAGGAGAUGCCAAGCCCAACAGCAGGAGUUGAUCUGGCUGGAUUCCUAAGUAACCCUAAUUUCAUGAGCAUGGCAGCUAAUCUAAUGAACAACCCUCAAGUUCAGCAAAUGAUGUCGGGGAUGAUGUCGGGAAUGUACAGCUCCCAGGGAACUGGCGCCACCCCUGGAGUGCCGGGAUCGAACGACCUGUCCGGCCUCAUCCAAGCGGGACAGGACUUUGCGCAGCAGAUGCAGCAGGAGAACCCGGAGCUCAUCGAGCAGCUGAGGAGCCACAUCCGCAGCCGGCCGCCAAGCGCCAGCCAGGAGGAACAGCCCUGACACGCCAGUCAAUGGAUUUUGACAAGGCAGGCUGUCCGUAGACAUUUGAAUCAAUUUUUGCAACUGUGAAGAAAAGGGUGUUUAAAUGAACUUGGAAAGUUUUUUGGGGUUUUUUUUUUGGUUUGGAAAAAAAUGACUUGCAUGUUUGGUCCAGUUGUUUUUUUCUUACCCAUCUACAAAAUACAAAAGAACAGGAAAAUGACCCAAGAACAGCAUGAGAACAGUCAAACAAAAACACAAAAACUGUACAACCUCAAAAUGACCCACAGCAGGCUCCAACCCAGGACAAGCCACUUUUACCCGGCCUGGUCAUCCCUCUGCUGGACACUCUCUACCUUGGCUGCUGCUACACGGUUUGAGCUUCAGGUGUGUAACUAAUCCUGUCUGGUCACACGCUUCCGAAACCGAACUGCCAAACAGCAUCCCAAAAACAAACCGGACUGGAAUCAUACCCCUGGGGUACUCCGCCGCUCUCUGAUAAACCUGCUGUUCUCAGGUCUCUUCUUACUCAAACCAGUUCAGUCACUGCAGUGUUGUUUGUAACAAGCGAGGGAGUGUGUAGAGAAGGUUGUGAAAUUAACAGAGCAGGAUGUUUUGUUUGUAUGUUCACGGCUGUACCGCAGGCAUGUGAGGAGAAGGGCACCGUGCUUAAACUGAACUGGAGCAAAACCACAACGACACUCAGAUGGGAGUCAAAUCCAGGUUUUUUCUUUUUUUUUUGCCUGUCGUGCCAAACUGUUUAAUGUUUCUCUCGUUUUUCCAAAUAAAUCUUAAGGGUGAAAUCA